AUGGCACAGCAUGAUAAAUUCCUUUGUUCAGGUAGUGGCAUCGAAUGCACUGCUAUUUCCUUUGUUGGCCACAAAGUUGUAAGGUGCGUGUGUAUGUGGCCGGUCGGGUGUGCGAUCGACUGGGAUGUGGAUCAGUAUGGGAAUCAUCUACAGUGGCCUGCACCAGCCAUGCUGGAGGACACUCAAAAUGAUCUUCCAGUGGUCGACUGGGUUUUUGUUUCCACUGUUAAACGGAAUUCUUGUGGUAUCGUCUCUGCCAAGAGCUGUGUCCUCAUUCCUUGCACGAUGGAUAUCCAACUGGGUCCAUGA